CAGCAACACUGAAUGAAACCCGCGUUCGGCUCGGUAAAAUGCGCGGGAAGGCUGUUGAUGGGAAUUGGGGAGGAACACGAGAAGGAGAGAGAUCAAGGAAAAAGAACCUCUUCGGAGGGGAAGCAGGGUGGAAACAGGAGAUGCAAAAGUGGAUUGAACUGGAGAAGGCCAGGAGGAAUUACCAAUUUCUCUCCGUGGUGGCCUCUCUCCAAGACGACACGAAGAGGAACAAAGCCCAGUAUCGCACUGUCGCACACUCCUGAGGGGAAGGAUGCGGAGAAGGCGGAGCACGAGUCCAAGGAGGAGGAAGAGGCCUUUAUCAUCCAGAACUUGUCUUCCUGCUCAUGGAGAAACUCGACGAGGGAAGGACGAAGGCCAGGGAGUUCGUGUAGAAAACGGCGGUGAAAGUGACGCGCUCAAGAAGGGUUUUUACUGGGAUACCCACGGCUGCAUACACUUCAACGUGCGUGAGCGUGUACAGUGAGAGACGGUGGGAGAGCGAGACCGAGCGACUCCUGGCGCACCAUCGUAUUCUACAUCCAGAUCCAGGGAGCGUUUUGGAGGGUGGAACAAUCUCGUUUAGAGUCGUCGACUUGCCAGGAGCUAGAGUCUGGUGGGUUCCGUUCAAGGAGGAUCACCUUUAUCUGGAUUCCGUGCGAGAUCUCAUUUUGAAACUUUGCGCCGCGGCCUUUUCUCAGAGAUUGUGCGUGUGAGAAGGAGAGAGCGAGUUCAACCUGUUGUUGGCUAGAGAAGAAAGCCCAAGGGAAACUCCGACCGACCCAAAAUCUGCAUUUCCUCUUUUUGAGGGAAUUUAAUUCAUGGUGCCGAUUCCAUCCGCAAGUCCGGCGAGUCCAUUCCAGGUGGAAACGACAACUGACUGCCAAGCCGGCUGUCGAUUUCACGUACAAAGGCCAGGCCAAAACGCUAACCGGGAGACUGAGAAGCCUUUCAAGAUUCUCACCAGAAGCCACAGUAUCCAAAGUGUGUCUUGUCAAUUCCCUUAAGAAUGCUUCGCUUGCUCGGAACAAAUUAAGUGGGUCCUAUCGGAUUUCAAUUGUUUGAGUGUGGUUUCAAGUGAACUCCAUCUCAAUAUCAAUGCAUCAAGUGAGAUCUUCAACUAUUCGAUCCUUUGAUUUUGUCGCGGAGAAAAGGACCCAUACCAAAAAGAGGAGGGCAUCAGUUUCUUGGCGACCAAAUGGCUUGUUUCGAAUCCUUCAGAGUUGCUAAGGAAACCGAAUGGCUGAUUGGACACAAUGCAUUUGGUUGUAGUUGGUAAAAUGGUUUUGAAAACCAUGCGUGAUUUUACCCAUCUUCACCAAAUCUAGCAGCAAAUCCCGUUCAAGAUGACUUCUCACUGCAUGGGCAGGAAUAUUCUGUCCAUCCUCCUCAUAUUGUUGUUUUUAAGAGAAACGAUAUGUGGGUACUAUGAGAAGAAAUUACUGGACGAUCUCCUUCGUUCGUACAACCCUAUGGAACGACCCGUGGUUAAUGAGUCGGAUCCACUCCUUCUGACCUUUGGCAUCACUCUCCAACAAAUCAUUGAUGUGGAUGAGAAGAAUCAACUGCUGAUCAGCUGCCUGUGGCUGAAUCUGAAUUGGAAUGACUACAAUCUAGGCUGGAAUCAAUCAGAAUAUGGAAAUGUGGAUGGCGUGCGAAUUCAUCCCAAACGACUUUGGGUCCCUGAUCUGCUCAUGUACAAUAGCGCGGAUGAAAGAUUUGAUGGUACUUUUCAAACCAAUGUCGUGGUGUCUCACGACGGUGGCUGUCUCUAUAUUCCUCCAGGCAUUUUCAAAAGCACAUGCAAGAUAGAUAUUACAUGGUUUCCGUUUGAUGAUCAGCAUUGUGAUCUCAAAUUUGGUAGUUGGACCUACAGCGGGUGGAAGCUCGACUUAGCAAUGAAAGAUAAGGACGGAGGAGACAUUAGCAGUUUUAUCACGAAUGGAGAAUGGGAUUUAAUAGGUGUCCCUGGAAAACGGAGCGAGGUCUUCUACGAAUGCUGCCCCGAGCCUUAUGUGGAUAUCACGUUCAAAAUCCAUAUUCGGCGUCGAACUCUCUACUACUUCUUCAACCUAAUCGUUCCCUGUGUUCUCAUUUCCUCCAUGGCCCUUUUGGGAUUCACUCUUCCGCCCGACUCAGGAGAAAAACUUACGCUGGAUGUAACCAUUCUCCUCUCUUUGACUGUGUUUCUGAACACGGUUUCUGAAACCAUGCCCGCCACGUCAGAUGCAGUGCCCCUGAUAAGCACGUACUUCAAUUGUAUCAUGAUGAUGGUGGCCUCCUCUGUGGUUCUUACUGUGGUAGUCCUCAAUUAUCAUCAUCGUACGGCUGAGACGCAUGAAAUGCCUCACUGGGUCCGUACACUGUUCCUCCAAUGGAUGCCCUGGUUAUUGCGCAUGAAUCGACCCGGCAAACCAAUCACCCGGAAAACCAUCCUCAUGACCAAUCGGAUGAAGGAGUUGGAGAUGAAGGAAAAAUCAUCCAAGAGUCUCCUGGCCAACGUUCUCGAUAUGGACGACGAUUUCAGGGUUGUUCCUCCUUCCAGACCCAUGUCCGUCGCCGGGGGAGGAUAUUCCAGUGGGAGUGGCUUCGUUCGUGUCAACGGCAAUCCCAUGGAGCAAGAGAAGUAUAUGCCCCAAGCUCCCCCCACGUCGCCCUACCCCGGGGCUCUGGCCGCGUCCGGCCAUCAUUCGCAUAGCUGUUCAGCCACUGCCAAUCGGGAGCUGCAGUGCAUCUUGAAGGAGCUCAAAUUCAUCACCAACCGCAUCAAGGGUCGCGAUGACGAGGAGGAGAUCAUUAUGGACUGGAAAUUCGCCGCCAUGGUGAUCGAUCGCUUUUGUCUUAUUACUUUCACGGCCUUCACCUUGAUCACCACCAUAGCGGUCCUGCUCUCGGCCCCUCACAUCAUAGUGGAAUAACCAUGGGAUGGAGGAAGAUCCCAAUCCCAAAUCCUUGGACCGCGGUUUUUUUUAUUACAUCUCCCGUGGAUGUCCCUUGACCACUCCCUUUCGACUCUGCCUCCUCAUCGGCCAAGAAAUCGUGUCAUGCGAUCCACAAUGGCUCUGAAUCCUCUGUGUGUCCCCAUGGGAUGAGGAUACAGUCGGUCCUCCUCUCAUUUUCCUUAUAACUGACAACUAUGCAUGUGAUAUCACCAUCAUACAGAACAUCAUCUUUAUCUUUAAAGAAUUAAUCAUACUCGCUUGCUCGCCCAUGGAACUAUCUCUCCAUCUCUCAUAUAUCUGUCUCUCUGUCUGUCUGUAUCUUCACUCCCUCCUACUCUUCCAUCUCCUUCGACUUCUCUUAUUCUUGAGUUGGCUGCAUAAACAAAAGGAGGGGAAAAACCUGAAGGCUUUUAGUGUGAAGGUCCUCCUCUCCUCUCCAAAAGGGUCCUUUUUCCAUCAAAACCUGUUCACCCAAAAGCAACACAUCAACUCAAAGCCAAGAGCUUCUGACGCUUUCUGUCGCCCAAUAUCCACUCCCAUGUACAGUAAUACAGUAUGCUUAUGCGUAACUAGUCUGCUCCUGACGAGUGGUUGGCGAUCAACAUGGCGUCCAUUUUUCAUUGGAACGCGCGAGGAUAAUUUGCUUCAGGAGUGGUCUAGUUCUUCAAUUGAACUCAUCCUGAUCCUCCACCGUUCAUGGAUGGCUGGCAUGUCAUAAUCUGGUAAAAAGUUUGGCUUUCCCCCAAUCCAAGGCCGCCGCCUUUUCCGAGCCUUUUGACUGAACGGCCAAGUGCGAAGACGAGAAGGAUUUUGAUGGAGAACUUCACUUUCUGUUGAGUCUUCACUUUCAACUAUUUAGGAACGCCAAGGACAAAGAGUCGAGAAGAGGAUAUUGGUUUCAUCUAUCUCCCACACAAAACUUUACCGGCACAUCUUGAAGUUCGUUUUGUACACUUCAAAACCGUGUACAACAGAUAAGCAAUGCUUCAAAUAUGACAAGGGCUUCAAAGUUUCUAUGACUGGCUCAAAAAGCGGCCUUUCUUUGCUCAGGUCUAUUCAAAGGCUCCGACUGGUUCGACUUUGGCGACCAAACGGGUGGCUACUCUGACAUUUCUUCCAUUUUCCACCUUGAAAGAAGAAAAUUUCCCCCGUCUUCAAACGUCCCUCUCAAGUCGAGUUCAAGCUUGCCUGAACCAACUUUUCUCAAUGGGAGUCCUCUCCAGGAUUCUUAACUCUAUGGUAAAGUCAUCUUACUCUUCAGGAUUUCAUCAGGGGGGUAUUAUAGUGGGAGUGAGUCGUUACAUAUGGAUGUCGCUAAUGCUUCACCUUUCCAUGUCCUUCAAAGUUUCAGUUUUUCUCCCUCUUCGACAUGUGCAUGACAAUAGUAAGACAUUUCUAUAUCCCCCCUUCGCCCUCACGUUCACAAAAAGAAGCACGAUAACUUCAAAUCAGACCCAAAACCAAAUUGGCUCGCCUAAUCUAGCUUUUAAGUGAAAGACCUUCAUCGCGAUUGCCCCAAAAUUGACAUUGAAAAAACAAACCGACCAGUAAGGUUCAUUAUUUGUGAUUGAAUGUGAGGAGAGCUAUUGUCUUUGUUGUAAUAUCUGUGCCAAUGGUUAUUCUGCCAAACAAGAAUGGAGCAACUCGUUUGCUCACUUCACUACUUCUGGAAUAAAUUUGAAGUUUUAUAUUCAAGCUGAAUUCUGUCACCCUGAUAUCCCCGCUCAAGCGACAUUUUCGAAAAUAAACAAACCUUGUGCUCCUCAAACAUGCCGUUUAUGUGGUUUAGAUACAAAUCCAUCGCACUCGCAAUAGUCGUGGUCAUAUUUGCAAUGGAGACUCUAAGCAUCUUUAUACCGGGCUCCAAUGACGACCCCGAGGACUGGGAAAGUCCUGAUCAAGAGAAUCGCCAAAAAUGGAGAGACUUCCUAAGUCUUCAUCCAAUAGGGCGCCUCUAUCGGCUCUACCGUGAACUAGACGGGGUUGGGAUUAAUUUCCAUGAUUUUGAUUUACUUGAAAGACCUUUACGUUUAGAUGAUAUUCACCCAGACGAUGUAUGACUUACUUUCUAAUGUUUUACUUAGCUCCUUACCAGUAUUACUAGCCUGAAUAAAUGGAUGGACACUUUGGACGGCAAAAUGGA